UUAUCUUCGGCCAUUGGUGUUGUGGGGGGAAUCUUUUGGAGGAGCGUCACAGGAGGCGGAGUCACCUGAUUGGCUGGACCGCAAAGCGGAAGUGCGUGUGGCGUCCGAGCUGCGCUGAAAACAAAACAAGACAGGCUGCGACUGCAGCAUGAUGGAUGAGCUGGUGCAGGACUUGGUUUCUGCACUGGAGCAGACCUCACAGCAGAGUAAGUUGGAGAAGCUGUGGGAGGAAAUGGUCUUUAGCCCACUGCCUCAAAGACGGCAGAUCCGCCGCCGUAGAGGCCGCAAGCGGUACCGUGAAUCCUCCCUCUGUCUGCUGGAGCACAGACGUUGCUGGAUUGAGGCCUCAGAGUCCAGUUUGGACGAGGCUAAAGAGUACAGGGUGAACUCUGCCUCAAACAGGACUGCUUCUGUGGCCAACUGCAGUGACUCUGACGACCUGUCUACAACCAGCCACUGGCACUCUGUCAUCAGAGGCUCGGCCAGGGCUAGGCAGCCUUCCUGGCCAGAAUCUGACUCCUUCACUGAGAAUAAUCCAGGACGGCAACUCAGGAGGCGCAGGAAGGUCAAACGUAUGACCUCAGACAUCACAGUCCGGCUUCAGCAGAAGUUAAAGGUUUCUGGCGUUGAUGGGAAACGGAGGCACAGACCAUCCAGGAUGCAGCAUUUGUCUCGAUCGAAGAAGAGGUCUGGCAGUUGGAUGGGAGCAGACAGGCAGACUGAAGGAGCCAGGCUGAUGGGAAAGGAGUGUUGGAAGAGAAAGGUGGUCAAGGAGCACAGAGACGGUGCAGAUGAGAACAUGUCUGAGGGAGAAACCAGCAGUACAUGCAGCAGUGACCCUGGCCUUUUCACAAAUGAUGAAGGAAGACAAGGCGAUGACGAGCAGAGUGACUGGUUUUUCGAGGGGGACUGUGGAGUCGGAACGGGUGUGGCCAGCUUGCUGCCUAAAUGGGAUUCAGACAACCAGCUUUCCCUCAAGGAUAACCACCCACCUCCUACAUUCCUGCAACCUGCACGGCCCUCUCAGAGAGGAUAUUAUUCACAUCUUAAACAAGUGCCUGGCUCCGCUGCCUGCUGCAUUAGAAAGGACAGGAGGAGGCUUCCUGGCAAGGGCAACAGUGCGCCCGUGUUUGUAGAGAGACUGAAACACUUCUCUCAAGAUCCUUAUCAGAGAGAUUUUUGGCUGCCUGUUGGAAAAAGGGACCGAAGCCAGGUCUGGACUGCAGGCUAGCCAUUUCAGUACCCGGAUCCUUCUUCUACGCAGCCAUGAUGUUGUAAUUGAUGCAGUAUGUGGUCUGGCAUUGGGGGGGGGCACUUAAAUGCAUGUCCAUUGCUUGCCCUCUUUUGUUGUAUUAAUUGGUGAAUUCAAGGCAUGUUUCAAGACUGAAAUAUUCACCUUACAACCCCAGUGCAGGAACAUUUAAUCUUUAAUUUAUACUUGAUGGUAAAGCACCAUUCCUUAUUAUGUUUUACAUGGUAUAUUCAGUAUGUAAAACCGUUGUCUUUUCACUGAGAGAUGUACAGUAUUGUAUGUUAUCCCGCCUACUGGUGGCGUUAGGUCUAUUUCCUGUUAGCCUUCUCUAUAACAAACUGCUUUAAAACUCCAGUAAGAGAAAUUUAUGUAUUAAAUGUAAUAGCAUUAUGUAAAAAAGAAAUUCACCAUAUGAAAAUUCAUUGUAUUUUACCAGGUUUUACAUACGUAAUGUAUAAUUUCUGUAGCCGAUUUCUGAAACAUCAUUUGUACAAAAUCAUAUUUACAAGCAUAAAGUUAGGGUCAGAGGCUCCAGGAAACACAACCCAACAUUAGUGUUCAUGGCAGUCCUGGUCCCAAGGCUCAUCUGAAGUGACACACAAGCUACAGAUGGAUGCAGUAACACUUUAAGUUAAUAGUUUUCAAGGUCAUUGUUCCCAAAUAGAGAAAUACUGUGUUGACAUAGUUGUAAUGCAGAUUCCAAUCCCUGCAUUUCUGGGACUGCACAAAACCAUAAAAAAAAAGUUUUAUCCAAAAGAUGUUUGUCAAAGCAUCACAUCGCUUCCAGUCAUCCCCUGAACUGUUGGAUCUGCGUGGGGGACUAUUGAGGAGCCAAACAGCCCCCUUGGCCUCGAGACAGUGGGACUCCUCAUUGUAUUGUUUCCACUCUGCCUAUUUACGGCGCAUUCUUAAUUUUGUUUCACACAUGCUCUUUUUCCUCCCCUCUCUUGGGUUAUUUCACAGAGCGCUCCAGCACUCCUUGAUGAGGGGCAAAAACACGAUUGUUAUGAAAAGCCCCCGACUUCUUAGGGCUUUCUUUUCUAAACUGGUCCUUUCUUCUCCACCUGAAAGGUUCCUUCAGAUUCCAGUUUGAGGCAUUGUGAAUACUAAUUUCUCUCUAUUAAAAAGCCGUCAUAUCCCUGCCAUGCUCUCAUUUGAAUGGCGGACUCAGGGGAAAGCUCUUAAUUCCUUUAUAGUGGGAUUCAAGACCCUUCACUUCAAAAAGUAUAAAUCAUACUCCCAAAUGAAUGAGGGAGAGAGGGGGGAUUGACGAGAGGGGCUUCUGAUGUGUCCCGUUGGACAGCACGAGCUGAAUCUAUCUCCCAAAGCUGCUCAAAUCUACUCUCCAGUGAGUUGGCUGCUCUGUCCUUACGACCCAGCCCCCCAUACAUAUGGCACCCGUUUACUUCCUUCAACUUCCUCCAAAUUACACCUAGACAAUUAGAAAAUGGUUUUGCUUAGCGGCGAGAAACGCCACAAUCAUUAAUGUGUGAUUUAAAAUGUCCACUCAUGAGUUCACUUCACUGUAUUUUGAUUUCUUGUGUACAUUUCACCUGGGUGAUCAAUUUCCAGUGCCGAGCCCCUGUACGUCUGACUUUUCUCUGUUUCCAAACACCCUUGAGAGAAAAGUGUUUUUUUCUGUGGGCACAGUGCAAACAUUAAUCUUAUACUGCAGCCAGGUUGAAAUGAUACUGUAUUAAUAAAAGCUGUCAUCUCCUGUUUGCAACCAGUCGACGGCAACAAUCAGAGAUUUGACAUUAAGUAAUAAAGGCUGUAUGAGGCUGCAUGCUGUUUAUCCCGGUAUUGGCGCGUGAAUAGCUGUGAUGCUUUGUGGGAUUUGGCUGUAAUGCUCAGGACCGGUGGCCACGUUAAAAUGCAUAGCUGUCUCCCACCUGAGCCAGGCAGCAGCAACUUUUAUCUACUGACUUGUUUAUUUCUAAAUGACACCUGCGCUGUGAGAUAAAUCAUAGUCUUACGCCACUCCCUUCCCAGUUUUCAUUUUAAUCGUGAGAUCUCGGUGUCAGCAGUUAGUAUAUUGGUGUGAGUGGCCUAUUGAUUAUUGAUUUGAAGCUAUUGAUUAUGUUCCCUGGAGACCCUAAUCCUUUCUGAUUCAUUUGAAUACCUCUAUUAAUCUUGAGAUCCUGCUCACACCUGAAGCGCCAUUUACCCUAAUGAAAAUAGAUGGCCAUUUUGUAACUGCAGCUCCACACUCCUCUUUUGAUUUAUUAUUUUUAAUUGAUAGAUUUGCUUUUGGAUGUGGUUGCCCAAAAUACAAUUGACCCUGUGUCAGUGCUGUUUUACUCUGUAACCCUAAGGGACUGCACUGCAUUUAAAAGUGUCUCAUAUGACCUGAAAAAUCUAUCUUGGAGACUUUUUCCUGUGUCCUUGCGUCUUUGGUGGAAUUUACUUGUUGUCGACUGUCUUCAAUACACAUGACUUUUUUGUUCAUUACUUGUCUUCUUCCAAGUCGUUUUUUGUUUUCUCAUCACAGUUUCAGUAAAUUUAGGGAAAAAAACAACUGGCCAACAUCUGUCACACUGUUAAAGCUGAUGAAGUAACAGAUGUUAAAUAAUAAAAACAGUGUUGUGUGUUUUUUUUUAAAUCAUUUCUUUCCUUUUAUCUCUGAGCCAUGCCUAUAAAACACCUUUAGAUUCUGCUCUGAAGUGUGUGGUGUUUUGCCUCAGUUAAUGAGCCAGCUGAUGAUAUUCUCAUGUUUGAUUAGCGUUGUGCUGUGUGUCUUACUGGGCUCCUGGCGGCCCCACAGUGGCUCUACCUCUCAUCUCUCAGCAGCAGGGUAGGGCCCUCACCUCCCUCUGGGCUGCAGGGGCCCUGAGUGCCUCGGCCUUGGUGUAAUGAAGGAAGAGAUAGGAGGGAUGGACCUUAACACAUUAAGACCAAAUGCAUCAGGGUAUUACUUUUAAUACCGCAGGCGUGCCUCGUGAAAUAAUGCGACGUUUAAACGUGGAUCGAUUUUGGAAUUAAAAAGUUAGUUUGCAAAGAUUUACUGUGAGGAGUUCAAUGCCUGAGCUCUUUAUCAGGGGCGCAAAUGGCUGGUUAUGUGCUGUCCGACAGAGGUACGAUUGAGGGAUCGAUAGACGCGUGAUUUACUAACUGGAGUACAGGUAAUCAAUAAGUAUAAAAGUAAAUGAAAUAUGCAUUACUGGGAUUUUAUUAGAAAGUGGUAGCAGGGAGAGAAUAACGGUCAGGCCAUUUAUUUUUAUAUCUAUUGAUUAUGCAACAUAGAGACUUCGCUCAGUGUGCGCCCUGCACAGCUCUUGAUACCCUGUGCCUACACACCUGUCAUGUGAUUUAUGGGUGUUGAGGUCAUGGAACAUGCUGCCUGUUAAAAGGCUGCCCUGAUGGAGCCUUAUUGUAGCAUGUGCCUGUUAGGGUUGUGAGCUUUAUGUAGCCUGCAGUCUGAGAUGAGCCGUGCUGGUUAACAUAUGAAUUGUUUUACAGUCUAUCAGGAAUUCAUUUGUACACAUUAGAUUUAUUGAGAUUUUCAGAAAGGACACCGUAUUGUUCUUUAAUCCCCUCUAGCUGUAAAAAUCUGUAUAAAAAGCAGCACAAUGCACUAAUUUAACUUAACUCUUCUUGGUCUGUUACUGUGUCAUACUGUAGUUCAUUCACACACUCGGACUCCUCUCUCUCUCUUACACUCAAAUUGUCCCCCUCUUCUCAUUUGUAAACAUACAUACUGCAGCCACAUCAGCCUUCCCUCCGGUGAUAGAGCAGGCCUUGGCCCUAACUUUACAUCAUAGAAGCCAGGGCUAUUAAGCUGGAGGUGCUGUUUCGGGGCUCCUCACAUAUGACACAGGAGGCACAGAGCAGGAGUAAUUUGUUUACGUGAACUCCGCAAUGACUCUUGCACCUCUCCACAUUGAAUAUUCUCUGUGUUGAAAACAUUAAUGAAGAAAAAUUAAAAUGUUGCAAAAAUGUGCACCUUGCACUUGAGGCUAAAUGUUAAACUGCAGUGUUUGCAUACAUGGCGCUUGUGUUUUUUGAUUUCUGUGAAAUUAUUGAAUGUUUAUAUGUGUUGUGGGUGAGAGCGGCAUCAUCUUAUUGUGAGUAACAUUUGUUCU